AUGUCGCAAACAUGUGGAGUGCUUGUUGAUGUCCCUGAUGAAAUUUUACCCAUCUUUGAUAAGAUUAUCGCGUUGACUGACCCAGAGUUUCAACCAUUAGUUGCUGAUAUCCUUAGUAUGGUGCCCCAUGACAUCUUACUAGGUAUAAUGAAAUCUAAACCUGAUUCUAAAGUGAGAAUCCUCGAGUGUAUUAACAAUGUAGAUGGAAAAACAAAGCAUGUGAGAUAUGCAUCUUGGGUCAAACGUGGGCUCAUGCCCAAAUGCCUAGACGGUGUGGAUUGGGCAACCAUUAUGGGGGAAGUGGAAGACCAACUAGAUCACGAUAUUUGUUGGGCUGUGGUUGCGAGCGAGCUUAUAAGGGCUGUGAUACUGAUAGAGAGACCUGGCACAGACCCUAACAUAAGAUUUUCCAUUCAAGAUUUGGUUGAUCACACAGACCCGGUGGAACGAAGAAACAUUAAAGCAUCAGGUCACUACUGCUACACUUCAAGUAUCAACAGAGGCAUGAAAUACGUGAUGGAAAAUGGAAUUCUAACUGAAGAAGAUAGACCAUUUUCGGGAUGUCCUAAAGAUAUUCCUGACCGGCAACAGUCAGAACUAAGUUACAUCAAAGACUUCAAAAGAUUACAUACAGCCGACGAGGCGCUUCUCCAGCUUAAGCACCAACCAAUAGGAGCAGCUGUUGCAAUGUUUUACCCAGAGUUCAAUGAGAUUGGAGAAAAUAUGUAUCGGGGCCCUGUCCUUCAAAAUUCGAGGCUCAUAGGACUACAUGCAGUUUCUUUAGUCAAAGCAGGUGUGAAGAACGGGGAAAGAUACAUAAGGGUGAGAUCGAGUAAUGGUGAAAAUAUUGGAUUCAAAGGCUACUUGGACGUCUCUUUAGAUGUCAUGUUUGCAUAUGUACCCACUCCGGGUGAAGAGACUGACAGUUUGGCGCAAAAAUACUUUGCUGAACCGAGCCCACUUCUCAGAAGAUUCAGCUAUCCGAGAUUAUUCAAACGUGCUGAGGAGGAGAAGAGGCGGAGGAAGAGUGGCAGAUAG